AUGAAGUACUCCCCUGACCACGACUGCUUCCGUACUCGAGGAGUGCUCUCCCGCGACACCAUCGUCGAGAUCUACAAGCUCCGCACAAACGAUAAGAAAAUCAAGACCGCCGCAAGCGCCUCGGUAGGCCUCAAGCACGGCGUUACGGCCAAGGCCAUCCGAGACAUCUGGAACCGGCGGACAUGGUGGAACGUGACGGAGGCGCUAUGGACGGAGGAGGAGCGGGAGGACUACGCGAGGAGGCGGAAGCCAUGCGGGAAGGCGGGGAGGCCUCGAGGGUCCAAGGACUCGAAGAAGCGGAGAGCAAAGAUCGGGGCAGGCAUCGCAUACAGCAGCUGGAGCGAGGGACCGGGGCUGCCCCGACCCAUCCACAUGUCAAGGGAGGAGCUUUGGGGCGAGGCUCUGCGGCACGUCAUGCGAUGA